GGGAGUCAUUCUCCGGGUACCCUUCGCCUUUGAUGCGAGCUUAGAGCUCGGUGGCUCAGCCCUUUGAUGGUGCUGGCCGUCGAUGUGCCAGACAGCCCGCGGAGCAGCACCAUGGAGAUGCCGGUCUCCAGCCCCAGGAGCGAGGCGAGCAGCGUCUCCAGGAGCGAAGUUAGCAGCUACUCUGACGCCUAUGGGAUGGCUGAUGGCACCCCGACAGGCGAAAAGAAGAUGGACAUGUUCGAGUCCAAGCGGGAUCUAGAAGGUAACAAAGCGAUGCACGGCCUGGAGACCAUACUCAAGCACCAGUUUGGUGAUGUCAGGGAAGGCCUGAAAGAAGGUGCAGAUGAAAGAAAGGAGAGAGAGGAAAUCGAGAACGAAGAAGAGGCGAGUCCCACCCGGACAUCAGACUCGUUUGCGGAGGACUUUGCGGCUUCGGCGCAAAGGAUCCGCACCACGCAGAAACUGGUGAGCAGCGGGCCCUUUAUGGGCUUCUUCCUGUUGCUGACUUUGUACAGCUUCUAUGCGCCUGACCUAGAUGUGAUGUUUGGCAGCAAAGAAUCCGAAGUUGUGAUCAGCAUCACUAUGACGCUGACCUUGGCGCUGUUCCUUGUGGAACUGGUCUUGAACUCCAUGGCCAAGCCGGCCUACAUCUGCCGCUUCUCCUUUUGGCUGGACCUGGCAGCCUCGCUGUCGCUGCUCCCAGAAACCAUCAUGUGGAAGCAGCUUCUUAGCUCCAACUUCAUUGCCAGCAGCGAUGAGAGCCUCACACGCUUCCUGAUGCUGGCGGCGCGGUCCUCGCGGGCGUCUCGCCUGCAGCGGCUCACGCGGCUCAUGCGCAUCGCCGCGCUGCUGCCGCGGAUCACGGGUCUGCUGCAGAGGGGCAACAGGCAACUGGAAGAGGAUACACAGAGGUUGCUGAACAAGAAGCUGCAUCGCAUCUUUGCCUUCCUAGACACGGACUAUGAUGGCAAAAUCUCCGACCGUAACAUGAACGCGGUUCUGGACAGGUUGGACAACGCUACCGCCGCCAGGAAGAGUUCGAUGGUAUCGGCGAGGGGCAGCGUGUUUCAGAGCAUCUCCUUUUUCUCCUCCGGCAAGAUCUCCUUUAGGAGCAGCACCGUGCUGGCGCGGCCAGACAGCGACUCCGAGGAGGAACGAGACAAGCCGGUGCACUUGAAGAGCCUAAAGGCAGAAGUCUCGGAUGGCAUGCCCAUGCAGAGCAAGCAGCUGCGCUUCUCUGAGGAGCUCCAGGAGCAGCUCAGCGGGGACUUCUCCCCGGGGGUGAUGGUGCCAAUGCCGCCGGAGGCUUUCAGCACCCCGCAGCCGCCGCCGCCACAGCCGCCGCUGCCACAGCCGCAGAAUGAUUUUCGUGUAGAAGCCGCACAUAGCGACCAGGGGGAGAUGGGCGAGGAUCUGAGGCGCACUGAGAGCGAGGUCAGCGUGGCGCGGGAAUCCACCAUGGGGCGCGAGGACAGCCUGCCGUUUCAUGAUCGCGAUAACUCUCACAAGAGCACCAAAACAUCUGUGUUCUCCUGUCUCUCAGAAGUCGACCAGGUGACCUUCGAGGAUUUCAAAGAGCAGAUCCUAGCAGAAGAGCCGGUGGGGAAGGAGCUCCUAGGCAUAUGCAGGAACCAGCUGUUGAAGUCUUCCUACAUGCACUCCGAGCGGAUCAAGCAAAUGGAAGACAUUGGGGUGAAGGUUGCCUUAGGCGUGCUGGGCAACAUCCUCAUAGUCAGUAUCUUCAGUUGGUCCAUCGAGAACCAAAACGCCAGGCAAACACUGGAGAUGUUGGAUGUGAUGGGAUCCCGGUACGAUGUGCCCGGGCAGUCCGACCUGCCAGACCACAUGCAGGAGUCAGUUUUACUCUGGAGCACCAGCCUGGAUGUGCAGUCGAUCCGUGGGAGCCUCAUCUUCUUGGACAUUGCACAGCGAACUGUUUGCAACGAGCUGUCUGAGGAGAAGUUUGGCUGCGCGGAGCCCCACACUCCGUGGCCCUGGCCGUCCCGGGGCUCUUUGACGGCCGUGGAGGAGGCCUUCCAGCAAUCACAGCACCGCCAAUCCGACGUGGUGCUGCUGCGAGUGCCGGAUGAUAGCCAACGCGAGGCUUCGAGCUCGCUGGAGGAUCUGAACAGGAGCGUUACCUCGCUGGCUCUUCUGAACAUGCGCUACCUUCAGGAACAAAAUGCGCUGUUCUCCGUGAUUGUCACGACAACAGCCAUCAUUUUGAUAUUGGUUGGCAUCUACGUCUUCACCAGGCAAGUCAGCACGCUGUCCUCGGGCUUGCUGCGACCCAUUCGGCUGCUCGCGGAUGACAUGCAGUCGGUGACCCAGAUGCAGCUGGCGGGCUUGCAGAGCACCAAAACGGAGAUCAUGUUUGACCGGAACGUGGCCGAGAUCCGCCUUAUCGAGAGCAUCUUCGAAAAGACGAAGACCGCCAUCCGCUCCUGGGGCAAGUACGUGCCCUGGCCGGUGGUUCAGAUCCUGCUGGCAGCAGGGGUGGACUCUGCUUUGAAGAUCGGAACCGUGGAGGUGACGAUGUUCUUUUCCGACAUCGCCUCCUUCACCACGAUCGUGGAGAAGCUGCCACCGGAGCGCUCGCUGGUGCUGCUGAGCAGAUACUUCAAUGACAUGUCCCAGGUGAUCGACAGCCAAGGAGGCAUUGUCAUCGAGUUCAUCGGCGAUGCCAUCCUAUCGGUGUUCGGGGCGCCGCUGCGGAAUCCCCUGCAUGCAGAGGCCUGCGUGAAGGCGACGAUGAAGAUGCUGAAGUCCUUAGACCGCAUCAACGCCUGGUCAAAGCACCGGGACCUUCCGCAGGUCAACAUUCGCUGCGGCGUGCACACGGGUGAGGUGCUUGUCGGCAACAUGGGCUUUCACUCUCGAAUAAAGUAUGGCACCACGGGCGAGAACGCCAACAUCCCCUCCAAGUUGGAGGAGCUCAACAAGACGUAUAGCACGAACAACCUGAUCUCUCAGGACACCUUCUCCAGCCUGGUGGAGAACACCUUUGUGACCAGGCCAAUCGACCUCAUCUACUUGAGGAGCUACGACAUGGAGCCCACCGUGGUGUACAACAUCCUCUGCCCGGCGGAAUCCACAAAAGCGGAGAGGUCGGAGAAGAUGGCCAAAGUCUAUCGAGAAGCUUUCCUGUGCUACCGCAGCCAAGGCUUCAAGAAGGCGGCCGAGCUUUUCCAAAAGUACGCCAAGCUGUCGAAAACCAAGGCUUCGGUGCAGGAGUCUGGACAAUUUGGAACUCCAUACCCGAAGAAUCUUGAACUAUGUGGAGUCUUUGCAGGAUGCUGCGGCGCUGCUGAUGCAGAAACGCUGUAAAUUUUACCAGGAGCAUCCACCACCCAGAGACUGGGACGGAGUUUGGGACCAGGCAGGUGCUUUUGCUCGGGUGGCAGCUGGGGAUGCCCCGUUGCCAGGCUUCUGAGCCGUGACGCUCGGGUUGGUCGAAUGAUCUCAAAGCAGGUCUUAUUUCUGACCCUGGGGCUUUGAACCUCCAUUGGCCAU